UCGAGUCGCGUGCUUGCCAACUAAACUGUUUGCAAACUGGCGGUGCUUAGGCGCGGAUUACAGUGCUCGAUAACGUAUGUGCUAGUUGUGAAGUAUACGCCCAUGUACCUGGUCUAAAUGAUUUUGCUAAUAAGCAAUGGAGAAAUGGCUAAACAUGACGUGACGUUUCACGAAAAACACACUUCUCUUAACCAAGAUCGUCUGGUCCAGAAUAGGUUACUUGCAGCAGACGACCGAUAUGACAAAGAAGCGCUGAUUGAAUUUAUUGGAAAUUCGUCGAAACCAAAAACUGCCAAAAGUAUUAGAGAGAAAAGCGAAGAACUGACAGGCUGGUUACACAGUUCCAAAGUGGCACUUAGGAAACCAGAAAAGGACUCGGUGAAUUCCAAAGGAAAGGAUGGACCGCGGGAAUUUUUGAGUUGGAGAGAUUCACGAUUGAAACUUACCCCCAACCCCAGAGAAAAUUAUGUGUUUAAACAUUAUCAGGACAUUAGGUACUAUAUGAAACAAUAUCGAGAGGAGAAUUCAACAUUAGACACCGCAUCGCCCCAAGCUCCUAAACGAGUCAGUGCGUUCUACCACCCAGGGUUUUACAACGUGGCUCCUCAACCAAAUCGUGAAUAUUCCAGUUGUCAUUUGUUGUCAAAAAUAGCCCAGUCCUCGCAAAAUGGAACUUUUCAGUACACCAGACGGGAUAGUCAAAAGUUUGAUAAACCUUCACUGGUUCCCAAUUUAUACAAACUAGUCUCAACUACCGCACGCGCUGAUUCGGCAUCUUCCAGUGAGAACGAAGCAAAAGGAAAUACUGUACCUCGGAAUACAUCAGCGAGUGGUACAAGAUCUAAACCACCUGCAACCGCAGGUAAAACUCCCACGAAAGUUAGCGUUCCAACACCUCACAAUGCGAUAUCAAGUGUCCAAAGCAAGCUAUCAGGUUCCAACGUCCCGGGGUCAAAUGGGUUUCAUGUGAAGUCGGAAGUAUUGCCAACAGGGUCAAGGACACUGGACACCCUGGCUUGUGUUGCUGCUCAGGAAGGACAGCCAGAUGUGGAGGAGGCUGAGAAGGCUACAGCAGCUUCGGAGGCGAGCGAGGCCAUCAGUAUUGGUAAGCUCUCGACGACGUGCUUGGGAGCCGACGCUGUCGUCAAGCAGUCUCCAAAACUAGAGGCAUCAUGCACAUAUCACAUCUUCCCCUCCGAGUCUGUCCUUACACAACAAGCAACCAUUGUUAGCAGUAGUAGUACCAUGAUGUGGAACCCACAGAAAUCAGCGUUUGAACGGAAACCUGCGAAAGGAAAUGAAAAGGAUGCUGGGAUGAAUUCCCCAUUUAAACAACCGCGGUCCAAUGUUAAGUUGUCUGUUAGAAGGGGUGACACAAAUGGGAAUCGGUCGAAAAGAAAAUAUGGCAAAGAUGAGUUCCCUCCCUUGGCAACAGGUAAAAUGGCUAAGGGAAGUGCGGUGAGAGAACACACAUUAGCACUGAUGGAAAUAAAAGGGGAAACGUCAGAAGCUGAAAAAGAACCAGUGUUAAAAGUUCAGAGUCUCAGCUCUCAGGGCCGGAGUCACAGCACGGUUAGUUAUGGAGAGUUACAUGGGAGCAAGAAAUCACGGAAAAUGCGCACACCUACCAAAAAGUAUUGCCGCUCCCCCAUUGAUGAGGGUGAGGCUCGACACGGGUCAGCAGGGCUGGUUGAUCAGCUCCACCCAGGCUUCGAACUCUGUGUGGCAGAAGGUCCUCUUGAGGACGUGAUGACUCCGGAAGGAUUUGUGCCGUAUCAUCAAUACUGGAAUCACAACGUUCCUCAACGUGCGAUCGCAUUGACCAGAACAAAGAAGUGGUGUGUGGACUCGGAUCACAAUCUGAAGCACCUUGCGGAGAUGGUUCUGGCAGAUCCCCCGCCUCUCAUGGCGGAGUUUGAGAAUGGGUCUGGACAGCAGGUUCAAGGACCGUCUAUCGCAUCUGGGGUAAACCGAAUGUGGUUUGAUACAAAUGGCCGCGCGUAUGUCAGCCUAGCAACUCGCUAUGACCCUGUUACAAAGUAGUUAGAAACCAGGUGACCUUGACCCCAAGAACACUUGAUGGCCUGUCAUGGAGGGAGAAGCUGGAGGUUCUUCGACAGAUUAACAAACCACGGGAGAGGAUAAAACGAAGACCGCUUCGACUUACAUUCUACAAGGCUCAUGCAGA